AAUAUGGCGUCGGGGUGUUAGCUAGCUAGCUGGAUACUGACAAUUUUUUACAUUUAUUGUCGGUUUAAAUUGACAUUGAAGGCAUUUACAGGCGUUAUUAUAUAAGGGACGUUUUUAGAAUAACGUCAGCCCGUGUUAAAGUCAGUAAACUGUGAGUUUGUGAUUUAAAUAAUGAUGUUUUUUCACCGUGACGUUUCUCUGUCACAGUGCUAACACAGUUAGCUAGCCGUUAGCUCGCCCUGACAGGCUGCUUCAGUCGGUCGGUUACCGGGAGGAUCUCUGCCCGGCAUGACGGAGGUGGAGGAGCUGCGGCCCGUGCCCCGGGAGCGGGCCAUCCUGGAGAGCUUCUUCACGCAGCUCGGGAUGUUUUCUUUCGACCGGGCGAAGGACUACGUGGAGAAGGAGAAGGACAGCAGCAAGAGCGCCGGAGCCAUCUGGGCCGCGCUGCUGGCCGCUCUGGCUCACCUGGCCGCCGCGGAGAAGGCGUAUCACAACAUGACAUUCCUCGGACAGAAAAUGGGCGGCCAGUCCUUCUUCAGCCGUAAGGACUCCAUCAGAAACAUCUACACCUCCCUGUACAACGAGCUCAGGAAGGUAGUGACCAUGGGGCGUCACAGCCAGCCGGGCUCCGCCUCCUACCUGGAGGACCUGCUUUCGCACCUGUCGGAGCAGCUCUGCCACUUCACGCAGGCCCGCAUGGAGAUGGCCGACCUGUACGAGAAGAUGCACUCGCUGGGCAGCCAGAAGAGCAUCAACUCAGACGAGCUGGUCACCACGCUGGAGGCCGUCCUGCAUAAAUACAGCUCCAAGUUCCACCACCCGAUCCUGGGCCGGGUGGAGGAGGGCUUCCAGACGGAGGUGGACGUGGUGACCCAGUUACUGCGCUGCCAGGCCCAGGUGUCCGAGUGGCAUUUCCUUCCCGCUCUGCUCAGCCUGCACGGCGCCAACUCCAAGCUCAUUGCCUGGGGUCAGCUGUUCCAGCGGCAGAAAGAAACCCGCAAGCAUCUGUUCGGAGGUCAGUCCCAGAAGGCCGUGCAGCCGCCGCAUCUGUAUGUGUGGCUGCAGCGCUUCCAGGCAAUGCUCCUCGCAAAGUUCAGCUUCUACUUCCACGAAGCCCUGAGCCGGCAGACAGCGCCAGCUGACAUGAGAGCGCUGACCGCGCGCACCACGCCGGACUACCACGGCAAGAUCUGCUCCUUCAUCCGCAAACACGACGCCAGCAACGUGUCGCUGGUGUUCGACAACCGCGGCUCAGAGAGCUUCCAGGGCCACGGCUACCACCACCCGCACUCGUACCGAGAAGCACCAAAGGGCGUGGAGCAGUUCCCCGCCGUGGUGUCCCUGCCGUCAGGAGAGCGGCCACUCACGCACUGGCCGAACGUCAUCAUGAUGAUGGGAGACCGCGCCGCCGAGCUCAACACUCUGGACAAGGUGGUGCACUUCUACGACGAUAAAGUGCAGAGCACCUACUACCUGACGCGCCCCGAACCGCACUUCACUCUGGUGGUCAUCUUUGACGGCAGGAAGUCGGAGAAGGAUCUGCACAUUGCCGCCUUCCUGCAGGAGAUCUGCGGCUCGCUGAGGAACUCGAAACCGUUCAGCACCCUGAAACCCGGCUCGAAGGGCUGAGACACGACGAACUGACGAUCAACCUGCGAACAUUUCAAAUUCAUAAGAUGCUUAAACUUCCUGUGGACCAACGUCUGGAUGGUUUAACGUCGUUCACGUUGAAUCUCAUUUUACCAAAAAUGUUUCAGACCAAAGAGACGCAGCGACACCUCGUGUGUCACUGACCCAACACGCAGUACGCUGGAAGUGCUUCAAACCUUCGUUUAUUUAAAGAUUUUAAUUAUUUUGCAUCAAGUUCUGUUUUAUUAAUAUUUUUAUGAACAGCUCAUAUUUACUGUUCUUGAUACAAUUUAAAUAAAGCUUUGACAUGAUUGAACAUCUCGUUGAAGAACUGACUGACGUCAGUGAUGAAAAUGAUUUGUUAGUUUCAGCCCUGAUGAUGUCAUAACGUCCUGACGAUGUCAUAAAAUUUGCUCCAACCUGAUUAAACAUGUAAUAAAACCUAAUGAUGUAAUAAAA